UAACAAGACAUCUUCAAGACUGAGUAUGGAUCGAGUUAAAGGGCCUUGGAGCCCUGAAGAGGACGAGAGGCUUGUUGGGCUGGUGGAGAAGUAUGGGCCGCGGAACUGGAGCCUGAUUAGUAAGAGUAUUGUGGGCCGGUCGGGGAAGAGCUGUAGGUUAAGGUGGUGUAAUCAGUUGUCGCCGGAGGUGGAGCACCGGCCGUUUAGUAAGGAGGAGGAUGAGACGAUUUUGAAGGCCCAUGAGAGGUUUGGGAACAAGUGGGCCACGAUUGCGAGGAUGCUGAGUGGGCGGACUGAUAAUGCGAUUAAGAAUCAUUGGAAUAGCACGUUGAAGAGGAAGUGUGCGUCGAUGUCGGAGGAGGAUUUUGUCGGGUUUGACGGCGGGUCGGGUCGGGUGGUGUCUGGAGGGAGGGAGUUGAAGAGGUCGGCGAGUCUCGGGUCGGGUCAGGAGAAGGUUGUGUUUUGUAGUCGGGUCAAGCCGGGGAGCCCGUCCGGGUCGGAUCUGAGUGAUUCGGGCCAUUCGGGUCUUCCGCCGGUUCCCGGGUCGGGUUCGGGUUUUCGACCUGUGACCCGACCCGACCCGGUUGUGGUGGUGCCCGACCCGCCGACUUCGUUGUCGCUGUCGCUGCCGGGGUCGGAGGAGAAGGAGAAGGGUGGGGAUGAGACGGCGACGGAGAAAGAGUUUUUUAAGCCGGAGUUUUUGAUGGUGAUGCAGGAGAUGAUCAAGAAAGAGGUGAAGGACUACAUGAGUGGGAUUGAGCAGAGUGGAAUGUGUUUGGAGAAUGAGGCUGUGAUCGGGAAUGCAAUUGGAAAGCGGAUGGGAAUUAGGGGAAUGGAUUAGCGGUUAAUUAUUAGCGGAUUUUUGGUCUCGGAUAUGUUUUGGUUACAAGUUUCAGGUUUGGAAUUUUGAAUGGAGCUGAAAAUGCGAAAACGGAAGGAAAUUGGACUACUGCUGUGUCUUAAAGAAUAGAAGAAAGGAGUAAUAAAGUUUUGGGUAGUGUACAGAAGAGGGAUGAGAUGGGAUUAAUGUUAAAAAUUACUUUAAUCAAGUUUGUAGACUAGGAUUUCAUAUUUUCUUAUUUAAGUCUUUUUAAAAGUUCAACAUUUUGUCUA